GGCUAUUGAUCACCAACAGGGUUGGUUGAGAACCAAAUCAUACCUGUCUUUAACUACUCAGUUGCAACUGACUUUGGUCCUGAUUGAGAUGAACCAGGAUUCCUUUAGGAACCCUGCUGAGGGCCAUGGCCAGCCAUGGCUUUUGUCCAACCCAAUGAGAUUGCCUACAGUGGCAUCAGUCGACUCCCAGGAGUCAUUUGCUUCGCAGAUCCCACUGCCCUACCAUCUCCCAGCGGACCAUCCUGAGCAUGGGUAUACAUCGAGACCACUGACAGGUCAGCCCUGGACAUAUCAAGGCCCAAAGGAGCCAUCCGGGGCAUCUAAGGAUGUUCAUGGCCACCGAUCUGAUCAGUUCUAUGGUAACCAGUAUGGGAUUCCACAAAACUAUGGUGCACCAGCAGUACAACCCCCUCCAUAUAAUGGCCGUGGAAGAUUUGAUCCUGCAUAUGCACCAGCUUACAACUCUGGAUAUCCUCAAGGUUUGGGUAACUCUGGAUAUCAGCACCCACCAGGUGGUUAUUCUCAUAAUAUGCAAUCUUACGGCCACAAUGGCUGGCAGGGCUUCUCCGUUCCUCAGUCAGCUCCGCCAUACCAGCAAACCUUUGGCCCAGAUCGGAUGAUGUCUCCUCUGGGCUUUCAUCCCCACGGAUCUCAACACCCUGGGACGUAUCCCGUAGCUUACGGACCCAACGGAGGAUACCAGAACUACAACGGCGGAAAGGCCCCUGCCAGACGCAAUGCACACAGACCUCGCUCGUCUGUUGCAGCAAUCAAUCUGCCAAGCCAGUACAAUGAUGACUUCAAGCAGAAAAAUGGUGGCUUGGGACAAAAGAGAUAUGUCUCCAGUGGCGACAGUCAUGAGUCGACACAGGAUGCUGCGGAGCCAUUCCCUUGGAGCUCAAAGGAAUACAAAACCCCGAAUGGAAAGACUAUCGAAGCUCCACCCACACCCAAAACUGCCAGAGAGCUCGGCCAGGAGACUCCGACACCACUACUCCGCUCCCGUUGGAAUGAAUCUGUCACCAAUGUCGCCAGAUCCUUUAAGACAGAGUCUAUGAAUGACCCUCCACCAUUAUUCUCCAUAAAUGGCAGACGUCAAUCCAUAACUACUGAUUCAAGCCAGGUGUCGCCUCGCACUGCCCCUGAGAAGAUGGCAGGCCCUGAUUCAGAUGCUGUUGAUCCGUUCUAUGCUGAGUCCACUGAUAUUGCCAUUUAUGGUAAGAAAGCUCGCUUUGAUUUUGGAACCCCGUCGCGUGCCGCGGUUAUGCCGCUUCAUGUUUCACUGUACCAGUCUACCCCUGGCCCCAGCACUCACUUGGCUGCUUUGUGCCCCAACGGAGCGAAGCCUAAUGUGGAGGUGGCAUUUGAUUCCGCAAACAUGCCAUUUGUGGAGCCUGCUCGCACUCAUCCUGGCCAUCGAACCACUGGAGUGGUCCGCAUCUCCAACAUUCCAUUUUCUUGCACUCUGCAGGAAAUUUCGGCCUUCCUUGGACGUAAUGCCAAGCUGAUUCCCGAGGCUGAUGAGCCUAUUCAUAUUGUCAUGGAGCGUGUCACCAGCAAGACCAUGGAUGCAUUCGUGGAAUUUGUUGACAUCAACGAAGCCGUCAAUGCCGUUACACGCUAUGAUUCCAACCGUGCCGGAGGUCGAGGUGGCCGUCUUGGCGAGCGCCAUGUUGCUCUUGAAGUCUGUGGCCAUGAACUUUUCAUGCAGGCCCUAUUUCCAAAAGCUGUCAAUGUUGUUUGGAAAGGCUCUGAUCCCCAGAUCUCGACCGAACAUGACCUUUACAAUUCUGGCUUCAAAGGAUUCAUAUCUCGUGAGGAGCUUGUUAUGCUUGUGAAGCAUGUUGAGGCACCACAACGUUCCCCAUUCUCAAGUGAAUGCCCCCAGAGACCAUUCGAAUGCUUGAUCAGCAGUGUCAUCAAGUACCCAUGGCACAAGGUCCAUGAUAUCACUAUUGGUGAUCGUGAUGCUCUUUUCCAAACUGCAAUUGCCCUUUGCAAGAACCUUAUUGAGCGCAUCGACAGUGGUGGCCAAGAUCUGGCGCUCAACGAUAGACUUCUCAAGCGCAUUCAGCGUGCCGUGCUCAAUUGCUGUGGCUUCAGCGAGUCACAGAAAGAUGACUUCGCAUUCAUUUUCAGAAUGACGUCUCUUGAGGCUGGACUGCCACCUCAUGCCGAUCACUGGAGCAUGUUUAAGACGAUUGGAGCGAAGCGUAACUGGCAUCAAGAUGUUAUUCUUUACUACAUUGCAUUGCUGCGAGAGGCCACUACUUCAUCUGCCCUUGUCAGUCUGGCUGAGAGGUCUGCCAAGGGCCUCCAGACUGGUGCCUUGUCUGUAUUCGGCAACAUUGAGAUUGAGUAUCCAAAGGACGUCUCCAACAUGUCUCUUUCUGCUGUGGGAGAAAUUGAGUGGCACGCCAUUGAGGCCCUACUUCGAAAGGUCUUGGAAUGAAGACUGUUUCAGUUAGCUGCAACAUUUAGUAUUCACCACGUGCAAAUCUUUAAGAAGCUCUGACAGCGCUAGAUCCAAGA